AUGAGCGUCCCAGUGGCUCCGAAGAAAACAUGUUACACUCCAUUGCAGGACAAUAGAAAUGGAGUGACAAAUGAUAACGACAGUAUCCUGAGUUUGGGAGAUAAAAAUGCCAAUCAGAUCAUGCUGGAGGCCACCUCCCCUCACGGGGAGUCCAAGACGCGUGACCCGGUGGGUGAGACUGGAAAUGCAAAUUCCAGCGAGCCAGAAAACCGUGCCCAUUUCCAGAAGGAAUUUCACCCGCUUCAGGGCUUUGGGAAAGGCUCUCUGGCUGGCACCAGCAGCCCGAAAGAUCUUAAGCUUCCUUCGGCUGUGCACAGGGAGCUGACUGAGGAGCACACAGUGGAGAGAGGGGCACACGGCCUGCAGACCCCCCGGAGCAUUCAGGGAGCCAGCAGUCUGUUGGGUUGGAGGAAUGUGAUGGGCGAGGCCAGUCCAGAGGUUUCAGCUCAGAGGGAGGGUGACAAUCCCUGGCAUGUUCCCAAGGAGAAACUUGUGAAGACCCUCGACGGUGAGACGCUGAGGAGGCAUUCUCUGGAAAGAGCCAGCAGCUCCGCCAUCAUCACUGCUGGGAGCCUGACUCCACAUCAGCCGCCGCCGGUGCCGCUAGAUGCCCCUGAAGUGCAGCGUCGUGGGCCUGGGGACGCGGAGGGGCCGCAGAAGCCACCAACAGACCAUCCUCCAGGGGCAGCUCUUCCUCCAGCUGACGAUACCUUAGAGGGAAGGAGUUCAUGUCAUCCUAAACCAUCUACCUCAGAAACCAAGGAGGGCACCCCCUCAGAGACCCAGGUACAGGGGGGACAUAUCCCGAAUGCUUGCAGUGAGAGCACAUCACGAUCUUCCCAUCCAGAGCCGGCUCUGAAUGCAGCUUUGGUGUCGAAGGAUGUCCUGAGUAUGCCAGGAGCACAGUUAGGUCAGGGAAAUGGAGAGCCCCAGCUGGAGCUGAAACACGCUCAUCCCAGGGCUGUGCAGGAGUUAAAGUGGACCCAGGCAGGGUGUCUGGGAUGUAACCAGGAAGAGACUAUGUCACCCCUAGACAGGAAGGAGCCAUGUGGGGAAGCACGGCGAGAAGCCACUGCUGCAGUGGGCGGCCUCCUGCACAGCAGCCUCCACCGUCCUGGGGUGGGGGGAGACAGCCACGAGGAGGAGAAGAGAGGAGUCCAGCGAGGGGGCCAGGACCCUCUGCAGACCACCCCCAGCCAGGGCCCUGCUUCCCUGGGUGUGGCUGAUAAUCAACCCCCUGGCACAAUUUUACCAAGUGCAGGUAGGAAGUUGGGUGAAAUGACAUCCAGCAAGUUUUCGCCAGGUGACGGUCAUGUGGCUUUCCUUCCUAAUGAUCUAGCUGACAGCAAGUCCUCAGAGGUACAUGAGCAGAGGUGGCAGCUGGGCAGUGGGAACAAGGACAGUGCUUUGGUGUCAGAUCCUUCUGCUGGAGAGAACAAAACUGAGGACUCUGAGCCCCCAGACCCUCAAAGCAGCAGCUCAGAAACAAGGGAAAGCAAAGAGAUCACAACUGUUGCUGAAAGUAGGAACCUUCUAGAAAAUACAGCUAAGACUGAGAGCGUCCCAGUGAAAGCAGAUUCAGUUCUCAAUACUCCAGCACCCCUCCAUGCAGAGACGACUGUGAACAUCACCCACCAGCCUCCAGCACCCAGUAGCAGUUUUCAGGACCUUGGCGUGUCCAGUGUGGAUGUGGGGUCACCCUCAGCGGCCCCACCCCCCACCGACAGUGUGUGGUUGUUGAACACAUCCCCGAAAGUGCCUGACAAGAACAUCUGCCCCAGUGGGAUCCCCAAGCCUGUCUUCAUACAUUCCAAGGACACAGCUUCCUCACAGGAAGGAAUGGAGAACCGUCAGACUGAAAAAACAGAAGAGAGAGUAGAAACCAAGCCCAUCAUCAUGCCCAAGCCCAAGCACGCGAGGCCCAAGAUCAUCACCUACAUCAGGAGGAAUCCCCAGGCCCUGGGCCAGGUGGACACCUCGCUGGUUCCUAUGGGGCCUCCGUAUGCCCCGCCCACGUGCAACAUGCCUCUUCCCCAAGAGGAGAAGGUGGCAGCUGGAGGUGACCUUAAGCCAUCUACCAGCCUCUAUGAGAAAUUCAAGCCGGACUUGCAGAAGCCAAGGGUCUUCAGUUCUGGAUUGAUGGUGUCUGGGAUUAAGCCCCCAGGACAUCAUUUCAGUCAAAUGAGUGAAAAGUUUUUGCAGGAGGUUUCAGACCACUCUGGAAAAGAAGAAUUUUGUUCUCCUCCAUAUACUCAUUAUGAAGUCCCUCCAACUUUCUAUCGAUCGGCCAUGCUCCUUAAACCCCAGCUGGGAUUAGGAGCAAUGUCCCGUUUACCGUCUGCAAAGAGCAGGAUUCUGAUUGCAAGUCAGAGGUCUUCAGCGAGUGCCAUCCACCCACCAGGACCCCUAGCAGCAGCUGCCAGUCUCUACAGUUCCGAUCCUUCAGCAGAUUUAAAGAAAGCCUCCGGUUCAAAUGCUGCAAAAUCCAAUCUACCGAAAUCUGGGCUUCGUCCUCCUGGAUACUCACGUCUCCCCGCAGCCAAGCUGGCAGCGUUUGGCUUUGUCCGGAGCUCCAGCGUCUCCUCAGUCUCCAGCACCCAGUCCGCGGACAGCACGCAGCCUGAGCAGAGCCGGCCGGCCACCCGUUCAACCUUUGGGAAUGAAGAGCAAUCAGCUCUGAAGGUGGUUCUGCCUUCUAAAGACACACCCAAGGGGACCAGCAGGGUGGCCCCUCCAGCAUCCUCCAGUGUGACAACACCCCGCAGGAGUUUACUUCCAGCACCAAAGUCCACUUCUGCACCUGCCGGAACAAAGAAAGAAGCACAAAAAGAUCAAGAUGCUAAUAAACCUGCUGUUUCAUCUCCUAAGAGAACAGCAGCUUCAUCAACCAAGCUUCAUUCACCAGGGUACCCAAAGCAGAGGACUGCGGCUCCUCGAAAUGGGUUUUCACCCAAGCCCGACUUGCAGGCCCGCGAGGCCGAGCGGCAGCUAGUCCAGAGGCUGAAGGACAGGUGUGAGCUGCAGGCCAGGCAGCUGGGCCUCGUGCGGGGGCAGCUCAGGAGGGCCAUCUGCGGCUUCGACGUGCUCGCUGUGACUGCACAGCAUUUCUUUGGAAAGAGUGAAAGUGCCCUUGUGAAAGAAAAAGAGCUGUCAAUCGAACUUGCAAACAUCAGGGAUGAAGUUGCCUUCAACACAGCAAAGUGUGAGAAACUACAGAAAGACAAGGAGGACCUGGAGAGGCGGUUCGAGGAGGAGGUGAGGCGGCUGGGCUGGCAGCAGCAAGCCGAGCUCCAGGAGCUGGAGGAGCGGCUGCAGCUGCAGUUCGAGGCGGAGAUGGCGCGCCUGCAGGAGGAGCACCACGGCCAGCUGCUGAGGAUCCGGAGCCAGCACCAGGAGCAGGUCGAAGAUAUCACGGCCAGCCAUGAGGCGGCUCUCCUAGAGAUGGAAAAUAGCCACACAGUUGCCAUCACGAUCCUGCAGGAGGACCACGACCACAAAGUCCAAGAAAUGAUGUCUACUCAUGAGGUUGAAAAGAAAGAAUUGGAAGAGAAUUUUGAAAAACUGCGGCUGUCGUUACAGGACCAGGUGGACACGCUGACUUUCCAGAGCCAGUCCCUGCGGGACAGAGCCCGCCGCUUCGAGGAGGCUUUGAGGAAAAACACAGAAGAGCAGCUGGAGAUCGCACUGGCUCCUUAUCAGCACUUGGAAGAAGACAUGAAGAGUCUGAAGCAAGUGUUAGAGAUGAAGAAUCAGCAAAUACACCAGCAGGAAAAGAAAAUCAUUGAGCUGGAAAAGUUGGUGGAAAAGAACAUUAUCCUGGAAGAAAAGAUCCAAGUUCUCCAGCAGCAGAAUGAAGACCUCAAAGCAAGGAUCGAUCAGAACACGGUUGUCACCAGACAGCUGUCAGAGGAAAAUGCUAAUCUCCAGGAAUACGUAGAGAAAGAAACCCAGGAGAAGAAGAGAUUGAGCCGAACCAACGAAGAGCUGCUUUGGAAGCUCCAAACUGGGGACCCAACCAGCCCAAUUAAACUCUCCCCCACGUCCCCUGUUUACCGCGGCUGCUCCUCAGGGCCCUCUUCUCCGGCCAGAGUCAGCUCGAUGCCCAGAUGACGCCACCAUGCAGCUUGCAGGCGCUCCAGCUUCUCGUCCACCCCGAGGGCACACUGACCCAGUGCCGCCGGAGCUGGCCUUGCACGCAUGCUCGCCCUGCGUGCAUGCUCACAGCUGCAUAUGCAUCCCAGGCCACGUCCCCCUUUGGUCCCCAUGUAAGACUGUCCUGGCAUUGGCACUUAGGGAAGCAUAAGUGGUAGAGUCUGAUGUGCAAGCAUUUUACCAUAGUUAGAGCCAAAAGAAAAACAACUCCAGUUCUUGAGUGAUGAACUUUCACUGCAGAAUUUCAGGUUAGCUACAAAUAGCUCAGUUUUCAAUAUACAUUGAGUAAUCCUUGUGUACUGCACCGGUGUAUAUUUACAUAUACAUAUAUACACAUGCGGCAGUUCUGAAUUGCAUUUUUUAUAACAUGAAGUGC